AUGGCCAAACUAUGCUCUCUCUUCUUUUUUCUCUCACUCUCACUAAACUACUACUUCUUCACAUGCUUAGCUAUUAGUAGAAAAAACAUAACCACAGAUGAACUUUCACUUCUUGCAUUCAAAUCAUCCAUUACUUUAGACCCUCAUCUCAUGGUUCAAAACUGGUCAACCUCUUCUUCUUUAUGUACUUGGGUUGGUAUCACAUGUGAUGAACAACAUGGUAGAGUCCAUAGUUUGGAUCUUAGUGGUAUGGAACUUGAAGGUACUAUUUCCCCACAUCUUGGGAAUCUCUCUUUCCUUGUUUACCUUAAAUUUCAAGGCAAUAGUUUCACUGGUGAAUUGCCACAAUCUUUGUUUGGAUUGCAUAGAUUGAGGUUGCUUGAUUUGAGUAAUAACAAGAUGAAUGGAACUAUACCUCGAACAAUUUCCAAGUUGUCUUCACUUGAAGAAAUUCAUUUAGAUAAUAACUCCUUUUCAGGUAGGGAACUUCACGAGUUUGUUUAG